AUGGGGAACACACAGUCUGGCUACCCCCUGACCCGCACCGCCGCCGCCCUCGACUCCUUCGUCGCAGAACUCGGCUCAGACAUCGUCUACGAGAAGAGCCUCGGCACGUCGCGCUUCCUCAAGACCGUCCGCUGCCGCCACCGCAACGGCUACCUCGUCGCGAAGAUAUUCAUAAAGCCCGAUCCGGGCAUGACCCUGCGCAAGUACCAGCGGCGGCUGAAGAUCGAACGGGACGCGCUGCUCGAUAUACCGAACGUGUAUAAUUAUCAGACUUUUGUGGAGACGGAGAAGGCGGGGUAUCUCAUCCGCCAAUGGCUCGCCAGCAAUCUCUACGAUCGCAUAAGCACGCGCCCCUUCCUGAGCCCAAUCGAGAAAAAAUGGAUCGCCUUCCAGCUGCUCACCGCCCUGCGCGAUGCGCGCGCGCGCAAGGUCGCGCACGGCGACAUCAAGUCUGAAAACAUCCUCGUCACAUCCUGGAACUGGCUCUACCUCUCCGACUUCGCCCCGCACAAGCCGACCUUCCUCCCGCUCGACGACCCGUCCGACUUUUCGUUCUACUUCGACACCGCCGGACGCCGGACGUGCUACCUCGCGCCCGAGCGCUUCUACGCCGCGCGCAUGGAGCACGACGAGCCGCCGCCGCCGGACGAGAGGGAGCGCGAGCGCGGCGACGCGGGACGGGAGAGGGGCCGCGAGAAGGAUAGAGAGAGGGAGAAAGAGAGGGAGACGCGCGUGACGGAGGCGAUGGACGUGUUCAGCGCGGGCUGCGUCAUAGCAGAGCUCUUCCGCGAGGGCGCGCCGCUCUUCACGCUCAGCCAGCUCUUCAAGUACCGCGAGGGCGAGCACAGCGUCGACGCGCCCCUCGCCUCGAUCGACGACCCCGACGUGCGCGACCUCAUCCGGGAGAUGAUCGCCCUCGACCCCGCCGCGCGCCCCGCGUUCGACACCCUCCUGCAGACCGCGCGCGGGAAGGUCUUCCCCGAGGCCUUCUACCUCUUCUUGCACAGCUACGUCGCGUCGAUCAACGAGCUCCCGUCCCCGUCCCCGUUCAGCGUGCCGCCCCCCGCCCCGGCGGUGCCAACGGUUUCCUCGUCCGCCCCCUCGGCGGCAGCGGCGGCGAAGGCCCCCGGGGCGACUACGCCGGUGCUCCCGCUGGGCGGCGGCGGAGUGCUGCCGAGCGACGCGGACAGGCGGAUCGAGCGCGUGUGGGCGGACUAUGAGAGCGUGGAGCCGUACGGCCCCGCGCUGAUCAUCCUCGCCCUCGUAUGCGCGAACGUGCGGAGCUGCACGCACCCGUCGAGCAAGCUGCGCGCGCUGGACGUGUUCCUCGCGCUGAGCGCGCAUCUGACGGACGAGGCGAAGUUGGACCGCAUGGUGCCGUACAUCGUCGACCUGCUGCACGACGAGGCGGCCGUCGUGCGCGGCGCGGCGCUGCGGACGCUGAUCCAAGUCUUGAUAUUGGUGACGGUGAUCACGCCGUCCAACGCCUCGAUCUUCCCCGAGUACAUCAUCCCGAACAUCCAGACCCUCGUCCUCGACGCGGAGGUGUCCGUGAGAUGCACGUACGCGCAGUGCAUCGUUCCCCUCGCCGAAACAGCCGUGCGCUACCUCGAAAUGGGCCAAGCGCUCAAAGCGCACGGCACGUUCAAGCUCACCAGCAGCAGCAGCAACAACAACAGCACCGCCAGCACGAACAACAACGGCGGCGAUGGCGGCGGCGGCGACGUGGUCGAGUACUCAGACACGACAGGCCACCCGUCCGAGGCGCAGUUCGAGCUCCCGUACGACACAGCGCUGCAGGACCUGCAGAAUGCGCUGCAGGAGCAGCUCGCGGCGCUGCUCGUCGACCCGUCGAGCGUCGUCAAGCGCGCGCUGCUGCACGACAUCUCGGCGCUGUGCAUCUUCCUCGGCCGGCAGCGCACAAACGACGUGCUGCUGAGCCACAUGAUCACGUACCUGAACGACCGCGACUGGCUCCUGCGCCACGCGUUUUUUGACGCGAUCGUGGACGUUGCGGCGUGUGCGGGGGGCCGCAGCUUGGAGGAGUAUAUUUUGCCGCUGAUGAUCCAGGCGCUUUCGGAUGUGGAAGAGGCCGUGGUCGCGAGGGUGCUCGGCGCGCUGACGAGCCUCUGCGAGCUGGGCCUGUUCCAGAAGAUGCGCAUCUGGGAGCUCAUGAGCGCGACGCUCGGGUUCUUGUACCACCCGAACGUCUGGAUCCGCCAAGGCGCGGCCGCGUUUAUCGUGUCCGCCGCGAGUCACCUCCCGUCGAGCGACGUAUGGUGCAUCCUCUACCCCUCCCUCCGGCACUUCCUGCGUUCCGACGUGCGCGAGAUCACCGAGAUGAGCCUGCUCGUGAACCUGAAGGCCCCCCUGUCGCGGCAGGUGUUCGACGCCGCGGUGCAGUGGGCGAUGAAGGCCGAUCGGACCCCGUUCUGGAGGAGCCACCGCCGCGUGGCGAAGCCCGAGUCGCCGCAGGACAGCGCUCAACUGCAGAAGCUGCGCCAGCUUGGGAUGACGGCUGUAGAGGAGGCAAAGCUGAUGGCCAUGCGGGAUUAUAUUCUUAAGCUGGCGAAUGCUAUUGGGAGCUUGAAGACGACCAGCGACGUCGAGCUGCAGAGGCUCAAAGUCGUUCCUCAGACCGUAUUCUUGAAGACGCGUGCAUCCGAGCCGUCGACUCCACACCCCUCACGAGUCGUCUCAAACCGACGGCCCACCUUGGACAUCCCACGCUCUCCACUGCCACCCGAAGCCCUGCGCAUCUCUCGACCCCCCAGCAUCGACUAUGGCGCCAGCGGCGCCCCCUUCGAGGAUCUGCGGCGGCGCCUCUCCGCUCUCAACGGGUCUGGAACCUCCCUCCCCUCUGCGACGCCCUCACAUCGAACGUCCUCCAUCGCCGCGCCCAGUCCGCUCGUUCCGCAGGGCCCUACGAUGGCGGACUUGCCGCCGGUGUUCGAUAGGCCGGGCAGCCCGACCGAGUCGGUGCUGUCGAACACGAACUCCGCGGCCUAUCGUGCGAUACACAGGAUCCAUCUGGGGAGCACCGAUAGCCAGAAGGCUGCGCCGGCCGUCGGAUCGUCGCGCGCGAACGCAGUAGGCCUUUUAGAGCCUUCGUCAAGGUUGAGAUCUGAAGGCUCGCCGGAAAGGUCUGGGCGGUCGUCUCCGGUGUCCGCUGCGGGCACCGUGCGUGGUCAGCAUCCCCGUCGUGUUACAUCGUUGCCGCCGAUAUCGACGUAUGAUGGCCAAGAGCCGGGUAUUCACAACUUACUGGAACACCUCUACCUGGACGGCAACGGCGAAUACCAGGACGACUUUGGUCCCAAAGUGCACGAAGGCCCCGUUCGUCGACGCAACGCCGUUCGUUACAGCUUUACGCCUCGGGAUGGGACGACGCGGCGGCCCGAGGCAGUGCUCAUCGCGCACCUUGGCUCGCACACUGACGCGGUCACGGGGCUGGCUGUCUCCCCGGACCACAUGUUCUUCGUGUCCGCGUCGGACGACAAGACGGUCAAGGUGUGGGACACGGCGCGGCUGGAGCGCAACGUCACGAGCAAGCCGCGGCAUUCGUACACGCAGCACCAUGCGCGCGUCAAGUGCGUGUGCAUGUUGGAGGCUGUGCAUUGUUUUGCGAGCGCCGCGGAAGACGGGAGUCUGCACGUCGUGCGAGUGCAUGUCAGCCAGAGCGGGGCGCUGCCGAAGUAUGGGAAACUGCAGGUCGUUCGGGAGCAUAGGGUGGACAGGCCGGGAGAGUAUAUCACUUGCAUGGCCCAUUACAACACCGAUUCUUCGUCGAACUUGAUCUACGCUACCACCCAUUCGACGGUGACAAUUCUCGAUCUUCGAACGAUGAGGUUACUUCAAAGGAUGGAGCAUCCUAACCACUAUGGACCCAUCACCGCGAUGUGUCUGGAUCGAAAACGCGUGUGGGUCGUUACUGGGACGGCAUCCGGCGUCCUCACCUUAUGGGACAUCCGGUUUGGUCUAUUGUUGAAGACGUGGAAGACAGCGGCCGCCACUGCGGGAGGAUCGGCACGGAUACAUCAGUGUGUCGUGCAUCCGGCCAGAGGAAAGGGGCGGUGGGUGAUGGUAGCCGUCGACGCCAUCCAGUCAUCCUCCGAAACCGUCCCGACGUCUCUCAUAGAAGUAUGGGACAUCGAGAACACGCUCCUGGUCGAGACUUAUGGUGUGCGUGUCGUGUCUAAGCCCUCGGAUGUGGAUGGACCGCAGGAAAGCGUCGGCAGCAACCCAGAGCCUAGCGCCGCUUCGGCGAUCGCAGCGCUCGUGCGUGCGCGGCAGCAAGGCGCCGGCGUGGGCAUGCGGCGUCGGUCGUCCGCAGACGCUGCCGCGCGCGAACAGUUGUUGAGCGGGCCGUCCCUUACGAUACGUGCGCUCUUCGUCUGUCACGAGUUUGGUGGCCACCCUGCGGUCCACAGGUCUGCUGGGGCGCAGAUGAAUGCCGACGGGCACGGGGUCGGGGGCCGUGGGUUCAUGGUGAGUGGUUCAGAGGAUCGCAGGCUGAGGCUGUGGGACUUGGUGAACGUGGACCGGACGGCGGUGCUGAGUGGCCUGGAGGUCGAUAGCGACAGACCAACGUACAGGUACGUUUUGGUGUUUUCCGUCCUGAGCAGCCGAAACAAUCGCCCGCCGCAGCGCAUGUUGUUGAUCAAUAACAACCAGCAACGCCUCUCCAGAUCUCAUCAGGAUUCCAUCACUGUAUUGGUGAGCAUAGAUUCACCUUUCCGAGGGGGAGUUGUAAGUGGCGAUCGCGCCGGAGUGAUUAAAGUAUGGAGAGUGGACGGGACCGGCAGUGAGAUCUGA